CAUCACACCUUCAAAAUCUCGAGCUCGUCUUCGUCGUCUUCUUCUUUUUCUUCUUCCUCCUCCUCUCGCUUGCGAUCACACCGAGACCGACCCACCACCCUCUCUCCAUCCUCCCUCCUCCCUCCUCCCUCCGCCGCUCUUUCUCUCUCUAAGCAGCCUCGUGAUUCGAGCUCUGACACCAGCUUCGCUCUUUCGAAACCCUAAAGGAGUCCUAAUUUGAGCCAAACCCUAACGCACUGGUUCGGCGCCUCCCAACGUCUUCUCCUCCAGCUUGGAAGCAGACUCGGAGUAAUUAUAGGCUUGAUUAAGCUUAUUAAGGUCAGAGGCUGCUACUGAGGAUGAAUACACAACAAGCUUUCCAUCCUAAAUCUUCUGCUAAUGGUUUUGGCCGUCGAAGAGGUGAAAGAGAAGGGGCUCCUAGGGUCGAGAAUAAGUCAAAGUCUGGAACAGCAAACCACAGCAGAUUAACAAGCAGAAAAUCUGGAAACUCUGAGAGUCCUUCACGUGAUCGAUUAGUAUAUAUGACCACAUGUCUUAUUGGGCAUAAUGUGGAAGUGCAGGUGGAAAAUGGAUCUGUAUACUCUGGAAUAUUUCAUGCAACAAACGCUGAAAGGGACUUUGGAAUCAUCUUGAAAAUGGCACGAAUGAUAAAGGAUGGUUCUGUACGCGGACAAAAGUCUAUGACAGAGUCGGUUAGCAAGGCUCCUUCAAAGACUUUAAUUAUACCUGCCAAGGAACUUGUCCAAGUUAUUGCAAAGGAUGUCUCAAUAACGAGAGAUGGAUUGUUAAAUGAGGUUCAGCAUGAAAAACAUCAGGACCUUAUGAUAGAUUCCUUCAUAUCACAAUCCCACCGUGGUGAGAUGGAUAGAGAGCUGGAACCGUGGGUACCUGAUGAAGAUGAUCCACGUUGUCCUGAAUUGGAAAAUAUAUUUGAUGGACAAUGGAAUAGGAACUGGGAUCAGUUUGAAACAAAUGAAACAUUAUUUGGGGUAAAAAGCACAUUUGAUGCGGACCUUUACACCACUAAACUUGAGAAAGGCCCUCAAACAAGAGAGUUGGAAAGGGAAGCUUUAAGAAUAGCAAGGGAAAUUGAGUGUGAGGAUACACCUGAUCUGCAUAUGGCAGAGGAAAGAGGCAUUCACCUUUGUGGGGAUAUUGAUGAGGAGACAAGAUUCUCCUCUGUUUAUCGGGGGGAAGUAGUUGAUGAUAGUGGAUAUGAUGAAGAUGAGGAUAUUUUGUUGGAUUCACUUAAUACUGAAACCUUUGGAGAUUCUACUGGUUCUUUAAGGAAGAAUUCAAUUGACUGGACCACUGGAAAAAGAAACGAUGGGGCGCCAUCGAGCUCUUCAUUUGUUGAUUACACACAAUGUUCUGAGUCAAAUGGUGCCCCAGAUUUAGGUCGCUCUGGAUCUUAUGACCAUGCUAGACAGCUGGCAUCAGAAACACCUUUCAAGAGCUUCCCCUGUACAGCUGGUGAAAGAAGUGAAAAUAGAGAGGUGGAUGCUACCGCUGAGUCUGUAGUAAAGCCGAAGCUAGCUGAAGACAAUCAAACGUCAGAACCAGACGAUUCACAGCCAUCAUUGAUUGGGAAGGAAGAUGUGUUUGAUAAAGGGGGGUUAUCCUCCAGUGCCACCUCUUAUGCUUCUGCUCAGACUUCAUCAAAAGGUCAUGAGAAGAUGGGUUCUAGUGACCCAGUAACUGGCAAAUCACAUGUUCAAACACAGACAGUAAAUUCUCAUGGACGACCUGGUAGUUCUGCAUCUUCCAAUUCGGAAUUCCCAGCUACUGUCUCUUCUUCUGGUGGACCUGGUUUAUCACCAAGCUCAUCUAUGGGUUCGUUGUCCUCUGAGAAGUCAACAUUGAAUCCCCAUGCGAAGGAAUUCAAAUUCAAUCCGCAUGCAAAGAGUUUUGUUCCAUCUCAAGCGCCUGUUAGGCCUCCAUCCCCCGUGUCUGAUGGCUCCUUCUAUUAUCCAACUAACGCACCUGCAGUACCACAUAUGCCGGGCAUGCCUGUUGGCAUUGGAGGUGGGCCCUCUUUUGGACACCAACCUGUUAUGUUUAAUCCACAGACAAUGCAAGGACCCCAACCCUUUUUUCAUCCAAAUGGGCCUCAGUAUGGGCAACAGAUGCUUCUUGGCCAUCCUAGGCAAGUCGUAUACAUGCCAAACUACCAACCUGAAAUGCCUUACAAAGGACGAGAUUAUUAACCAGUUGUUGGAAGAAGGCAUCUGGUUGUUCUGGUCCGUGGCUCUACAGAAUAACUCCAUGGAGACUUCUUGGAACAAUUUUUUGAAGGAGCACAACCCUCCAGUCCAAAAAAGGUCCUCUAUAGUUGAAUCUUUUGUGUCAGGGAAAGUUUAAUCGUUCCCGGAUUUACCGUCAUGAACCUAAAGCAUUAAUGGGUACAAUUUGAAUUUGGAUUUUCUCAAACUUGAUACAUUACAUCCAUGUUGUCACUUAUUUUUAAUUUAUGAAACAUUUAUAUUUGUUGGAGCUUAUUUUCUGUGAUAAGCACUCUUUGGUU